GACUUUUCAUCAGGAGGAGAAUGAGGUGAUAAAUGAAAGUUAAAUGUUGUACAAUGUUAAAAAAAAAAAAAAAAAAAAAAAUCCUAAACACAUGGCAGAUUCAGCCUCUGUGAGAUUCUACUUUUCUUUGAUUACGCACAAAAGCAUAUUCCAACAAUUGAUUUGUGGUGUAAAUUAGAGAUAUAUAAAUAAAAUAAACUGAAUACUAAUAAAUAAAAACUAAUGAGAUUAAAACAAAGGAAGUAAAAAAAGUUUGACUAAAUGAGGUUUUGCAAAUUGAAACCUUUUUUCCUAAAACUUUCUGUCGUUUUAUUCUCCAGAGAAUGCUUUCACACAAAGCAUGUGAAAUUGACAAGAUAUUGGAGUCUGUAAGGAGAAACAAUCUUUAACUUUAUAAAGAUUUUAUAACUAGUCUCAAAAUGCAGUUAAGUUUUAAAUAGUUGGAGAGGUCAUCAAAAGAAUGAACAAGGCAUUUAGGAAAUGAUUCAUAAUGAAAGUGCACUGCAUUACAGGAGGCAAUGCUGUCAAAUAUGUGGGGAAAGUUUAGAAGAAUGAGGAUAAAUCACAAAUAUGAAAUAACUGUGUUGAUUUAAAAUGACACUAACUAUUAGUGAAUAUAUAAAUAGAAUGUAUAUCUCUCUAUAUCUUAUUUUAUAUAUUACCCCUUCAAUUUAUAUUUUGCUUUUAUCUCAUAAUCUGUCUGAUUUUCUGUCCAAACUUCAGUCCAACAGGUGGCGGUAAUGCACUUUCAAGCUGUUUGCUAACCACCAAUAAAGCCCAACAGAAGAAAAAGAGUGUCGAAGAACUAGUUUGUGCAGGUUGCUAAUGUCUGCUCUGUAGGGAGAUGCUGAUCAUCAGAGAAUAGGAGCAGGGCUGUCUGGAGGCAUCCAGGCGGGAUCUGACUGACACAUGCCUUCAUCAUGAUGCUGACCUGCAGUAUCCUGGUCUUUGCCCUCCUGGUGUCCCAGGCCAGAAGCUUCCUGAGCACCUCGGAGGUCGACGGUGUCCCUGAAGAGUGGGUUCUCCUCCACGUGGUUCAGGGCCACAUUGGAGGAGGAAACUACAGCUAUCUGCGCCUCAACCACGAUGGCAGAAUCAUCCUACACAUGCAAAGCCUCAAGGGAGACGCUGACCUCUAUGUCUCCGACAAAACCCUGCAGCCUAGCUUCGACAUCUACAAAUUGCAAUCGACCACGUGUGGCCUGGACGUUGUGGUGGUGCCUGACGACUUUGUGAGGCCCGUGGGCAUCGGCAUCUACGGCCACCCUUCUCACCAAAAGAGCGAGUUUGAAAUGCGGGUGUUUUAUGAUCCGUUGGUGCCUCAGAACCCAUUUGAUGCAGGCUUGUACUCUUCAGAAGCAGGACAUAAGCAAAACCAGUCCCCUCAGGCAGCUGAGGAGAAGGAGGACUCCAUCUUGUGGACAAUUCUGAUUGGACUCAUGAAGAUCAUACUUGAGAUAUUGAUUUGAUGAUAUAAUGUUGUUCCUUUGCUGCUGUGGCAGAGGGAACAGUUUCACUCAGCCUUGAUACGUUAAAGAUUUAGUUUUCCUUUCUUCCUCUAAGGAAGAGUAAAUGUUGCAGCGGCCUCCAGUGAGGAGGAUUCUGGCAUUUAAACAGCUCUUAGUGUUUUUGAUGAAACACAAAGAAUCAGCAGAGCAAAUGAUGCGUGUUAAGGUUUGUGUUUAACUCGUGGCCUGAAAGUUGCUCUGUACAGUUUGUUGUCAGACUGCAGAUAAAAUCAAAGAAAACCAAGAGGGAAAUGAUUUUCUAUUAUUAUUAGCAAAAUGUGAUGGGCUACACAAAUCUGUCUACUAUUUAAUUAUCACGUGAGAUUUGAAUGUCAUUCCCCCACAACUAAAUUGCUUCUCAAAUACUUUUGUAAAGUAUUUUCUCCCAUUUGCUCUCAAACGGUCGCUUUUUUAGAACAAACGACAAAAGCAAAAAAGGCUGUACAAAUGUAGCAGAGGCAUUAAAAAAGAUAUUUAUGUUAGGAGUUUUAUAUUCGAAAUGUUUCAACAGUGAUUUUCAUUUUUGUGCAUAUCGGCCUCGUUAAGUAGUCUUAAUUGAUAUUGAUAUCAGCCCUAAAAAAAAAUCUGUCGACCCCUAAUCAUGAGUGAAGUUAAGAAAACUGUGAGGUGAAAUUCUCAGCGACAGAUGAAGGGGAUGUAGCAGCAUGUAAGCCAAGCAGCAGACCUCAGUUAUGAGGGCACUCUGGGACAACCAGUCAUCAGCAAGACCAUGUCCACCAAUGGAGUAAAGCCAAGCAGUUAUCCACCACAGUUAGAACAAAUCUUUCGUUGCUUUCUGUGCCUGAACCUAAACCCAUUCAUCACUAAGAAAUUGUUCUCAUCACCAUCCUCCUCGUUUCUGCCACAUGCACAUCAGCGCCACACAGGACAAAUCUGCAUUUGAAUAUUUGAAACUUAAAGCAAUACAGUGAUGUGAUGUUCCUGCAGAACACAGUGAAUCUUGACUCUUUCAUUUGUUGUUUGAUGUUUGUGUUAAACCUGUUUGACAAGCUCCUCCUGAUUUAACAAAAAAAAACAACAACAAAACAACAACCAAAAAACAUCCCCCACCGAUGUUAAGAGUGGAGUUAUUGUUGACCACUGAGCAGAAAUGUUCAGCAGUGCCUUCAGAUGUUUCCUCUGCAGGGAGAACAGCUGAGCAGCUUUCCUGUUCCACAAUGUUUCAGUCAGGUUUUCAAAAUAAAGCAGUUUUACACAA